AUGGGGAAAAUUCUUUUAUGGCUGCUGCUCUCCUCCACCCGGGCCCCGGGACAACUUCAGUUCGCGAUGCCAAAGAAGAAGGGUCGUGGGAGCGGGGGAAGCAAGGGCGGCAACGGCAGCCCAAGCCCGAAGGUGGGCUCGCCGACCGACGUGCGCGUCGAGGCAAAUGAGGUGGCGGCCGCAGAGGCAGGGCUAUCGCCCGAUGAGCCUGUGACGAACGCGGAAGGCGACACCACGCCGGACGAGGUGACCGAAGACGACGCGGUAGCCAGGACAGAGGAGGAGGAGGAGGAGGCAGCGGCAAAGGCAGAAGAAGCGGCAGAGGCGGCGGCCAAGGCGGAGGCGGCGAGGGCGGCGGCGGAGCAGGCGGCGGCGGCCGAGGCGGCGAGGGUGGCGGCGGAGCAGGCGGCGGCCGCAGAGACGGCCCGCCUCAAGAAGCAGGCUGCUGCCGAGGCGGCUGCGGCCGAGGCGGAGCGACUGUGCCUUGAGGAGGCCGCCCGAGCCGAGGCCGAGAAGGCGGCGCAGGAGGAGGCUGCAAGGGUGGCGGCUGAGGAGGCGGCGAAGGAGGCGGAGAGGGCGGCGAAGGAGGCGGAGAGGGCGGCGGAGGCGGAGGCUGCUGCGGCGGCGGCGGCGGAGGCUGCCGCGGCGGCAGAGGCGGAGGCUGCUGCGGCGGCGGCGGCGGAGGCUGCUGCGGCGGCAGAGGCGGAGGCUGCUGCGGCGGCGGCGGCGGAGGCUGCUGCGGCGGCAGAGGCGGAGGCUGCUGCGGCGGCGGCGGCGGAGGCUGCUGCAGCGGCAGAGGCGGAGGCGGCGGCGGCGGCGGAGGCGGAGGCUGCCGCGGCGGCGGAGGCGGAGGCUGCCGCGGCGGCGGAGGCGGAGGCUGCCGCGGCGGCGGAGGCGGAGGCUGCCGCGGCGGCGGAGGCGGAGGCUGCCGCGGCGGCGGAGGCGGAGGCGGAGGCGGUGGCGGAGCGUCUACGCCUGGAGGACGAGGCGCGCAAGCAAGCCGAAGCCGAGGCGGCGGCGGAGGCGGAGCGGGUGAGGCAGAAGGAGGAGGGGGCCCGUCUCGAGGCGGAAGAAGAGGCGGCGGCUGCGGCUGCGGCAGCGGCAGCGGCGGAGGCGGCAGUGGCGGAGGCGGCGGCGGCUGCGGCGGCGGCCUUUGAGGUGACAGUGGAGGUGCCGGCGUCGCUGCAGCCGCUGUACGGAGUGACGCUCACGAUCUCGACAUCGGCGAGCGAGACGGUGGCGGAGGUCAAGGCAAAGGUGGAGGCCAUCACCGGCAUGCGCGCGGCCGAGUUGGCGCUCUCUGUCUCCUCCCCGUUCGGCGAGACGCCCCUCGACGACGAGGGCGCGACGCUCGGCAGCGCGGGCGUCUCGAGCGGCGACACGCUCACGCUGAGGCUGCUCCUUCCCGACGGCAGCUCGGGCACGGCAGCUGCUGCAGGUGCAGCGGUGGCGGCGGCCGGCGGCGAGGAGGCGGAGGCCCAGGCCCAGGUGGAUGAGGGAGGGGUGGAGGACAUCGAUUUGUCCGAGCCACCGCCGGAGCCACAGCCGCGCGAGCCGUCGACCCCCGAGCCGCUCCCGCGGCCGCCGUCGCAGCUGGCGGAGGGAGAGGGCGCGGGCGAGAUCGCGGGAAAGGGCGCGGAACAGAUCGAGAGCCCGGCGCCGCGGCGCGCGUCGGCGCCGCUCGACGACGAGGCGGCGGUCGACGUGCUGAUGCCGGACGUGCUGCCCGCGGCGGGGGAGGGGGUCGAGGCGCAGGAUUGCGCCGGGCAGGAUUGGGGCGGCGUGGCGGUGGUGGAGGCGACGGCGAGCGCCGUCUUGAGCGCGGCGGGCCAGGGUGUCGGCCUCCUGCGGACGGGGCUGACGUACGGAGCAACGGCCGCGGCGGAGGCGGCGGCCCUCGCGCAGCAGCUCGACUCGGCCUCGCUCUCGGAGUACGCCGCCGAGGUGCAGUCCGACGCGAAGAGCGUCGUGCAAGAGUGGAUGGGCAUGUUCGGGUGGGGCGGAUCGGCCGCCGCGCCGCAGCCGGCGCCGGCGAGCACCGACCGAGCCGAGGCGGACGCGCAGUGA